GCAACUUUGGAACAGACCUUUACAUUUGUGGUGUGGGAAUUGAAAAUGACGCACCUGCAGACUUUCAGUAUUCUGGUGCUAAUAGCAGCUCUGUCCUGUGCAUCUGCUUAUAAUAAUGAUACACAUAAAGAUGAAUACCAGCUUCAAAGUCUAAAACAAUACACUUUUAACUUCAACUUCUGUCCAACUCUGUAUGGCCGAUACCCUCAUCCAAAAGACUGUUCCAUGUUCUGGGAAUGCCGGAAUGGCUAUCCCUAUCUCUUGCAAUGCGUCCGAGGAAAGCUAUACGACGCCACUAGAGGACUGUGCAUGGAAGAACACCUAGUCGAAUGCAAAUUGGACAGAGAGGUGAAAGACAGAGAAGAUAAGGAAAAUAAAGACAAGGAUAAGGAGGAUAAGGAUAAAGAUGUCACUUUGAGGUUCAGGUGUCCAUACAACUGGGGAUUCUUCGCUCAUCCGUAUGACUGCUCUAAAUUCUUCGCCUGCAAGAACGACAUCCCUCUAGUCACCGAUUGUCCCAGAGGAACUCUCUGGGAUGACAAGGAAAAGGGCUGCGUUGAUUGGCGUUAUGUAAAUUGCGGUGGCAGGUGGAACAAAUACAAAAUCAUCACAACUAAAAGACCCAUUCAACCACCCGUUACAACAGAAACUCCAACAACAAGAGAUGUCACUUUGAAUUUCAAGUGUCCCUACAACUGGGGAUUCUUCGCUCAUCCAUACGACUGUUCUAAAUUUAUCGCCUGCAAGUAUGACAUUCCACUCGUCACUGACUGUCCCGUAGGAACUCUCUGGGACGACCACGAUAAGGGGUGCGUCGACUGGCGUUAUGUGAAGUGUGGAGACAGAUGGGACAAAUACAGAAAACUCACUACCAGGAGACCUGUCCAACCACCUACCACACCCCUUGUACCAAGGACUACUCCAGGCGGAAAGGUGAAUUUCAAAUGUCCUUACGUGUGGGGUUUCUUCCCUCAUCCUUACGAUUGCUCUAAAUUCUUCGCCUGCAAAUACGACAUUCCGAUUCUCACCGAGUGCCCAAAAGGUUUUCUAUGGGACAUCGAUGAACGAGCAUGUGUGGAAUGGCGUUGGGUGGACUGCGGUAACAGAAUUAACAAGUACAGAAUAACAACAACUCCAAGGCCCAUUACAGAUGCUUAUACAACUACUCUGCCAACCACUACUACAACAGAAGUUCCGCCAACAAAGGGUACUGGUUGCCCAUUUCCAGACGGCAAGUUCCCAGUGAUGACCAAUUGUUCUCUCUACUACGAAUGCCGUAAAUCUAUUCCUUCUCUUCACCAAUGUCCCGAAUCAACUCUGUACGACGAGCGAAAAGAAGAGUGUCGGGAUGCCAAAUUGGUUAGAUGCGGCGAGAGACCUGGUGGUAUAAACGGAGACGAUGAAUUGGAAGAGAUCAAAAAGAAGAAAGAAGAGUACCAAUGUCCGUACGUGUGGGGACUUUUCCCAGAUCCUGAUGACUGUUCCAAAUACAUUAUCUGUAUCUACAACGUCCCCACUGUCUUUAGCUGUAAGAAAACGGAACUCUAUCAUGCUUAUUAUAGGAGAUGUCUUCCUAAGGAGUACGUGGAAUGUGAUUAUCGAAUUAAUCCAGAUGAUUUAUUACCUCCUGGUUGGACUACCUUACCUCCAACCACUCCUACAACUCCUACCACUACUACUACGCCAACAACUACCACUACUCCAACUACAACUACAACUCCUACCACCACUACUACCCCAACUACAACUACAACUCCUACCACCACUACUACCCCAACUACAACUACAACUCCUACCACCACUACUACCCCAACUACAACUGCAACUCCUACCACUACUACUACCCCAACUACAACCACAACUCCAACUACUACAACAACACCUACUACCACUACAACUCCCACAACAACAACGACUCCCACAACAACCACAACUCCAACAACCACAACUCCAACAACCACUACCACUCCGACAACAACUACUACUCCAACCACUACCACCACUCCGACAACAACUACUACCCCAACCACCACCACCACUCCGACAACAACUACCACCCCAACCACCACUACCACUCCAACAACAACUACUACUCCGACAACUACAACAACGCCAGUUCCAACCACAACUGAAACUACCAAAGUAACCAAACCCAAUACUCCACCACCAACAGAUUGCGACGAAGACGAUUUGGAUUGUAUCAUCGACGAUACUGGCGAUGUAACUGGUUGGUUCGAUUGUCCUAAGAGAUAUGGCCACUUCCCCCACGGUAGCAGCCACCAACUCUUCAUCCACUGUGACAACUGGCAUCCAUUCGUCAAGAAGUGCGCCGACGGCACAAUCUUCUCACCCAAGUAUCUUGUGUGUAUGUGGAAAAAAGAACCCGGUUUGAAAUCAGACGCCUAAUAAAGUAUUUGUUUCCUUU